UUUGACAUUAUCAACACAAGCGAUUUUUAGAUAUUGACAUUUACAAAGAAAAAUUUAAAUAAUAUCAAAAGAAAUAAAAGAUUACGAAGGAUGUCUACGCUGGAGGAUAAAAUUUUAGGAGAAAAAACGCACUACUAUUGUAGUAGUUCAAGUGAAGAUGAAAAUGAUAGCGAAGAUUCUAACAAAUAUGUUGACAAAGAAAACAAAUAUUCAAGGAGUGCUUACAACCUUCUACCGUCUUACUCCAAUGCACCAUCUUAUUCUGAAUGGGAUGGAUCAUCAAGUAAUACAGGACCUAAAGGUGUUAUUAAAGAUUGGCAAAGAUUUAAACAAAUAGAAACAGAAAAACAAGCAAUGCUUGACAAAGAAAGACUAGAAUUAAUCAAGAAAGUAAGUUUUACGUGUCGCACUGAUUUAGAUGAAGAAAAAGCAAAACUGGAAGAAACAGAUCCAGAACUAGCUGAUCUAUUGUCAGAUGAAUUUUUAAUAACUUAUGAAAAGCAAAGAAUGAAAGAGAUGCUUGCAAAAGCAGAUAAACUACGCUUUGGACAAUUAAUUAAAUUAGAAACUGCAGAUCAAUUUGUAGAUGCUAUCGACAAUGAGGAUAAAUCUGUAACAAUUAUUGUUCAUAUAUAUGAAAACAAAGUUUUUGGAUGCAAAGAAAUGAAUAGAUCUUUGAUAACUCUUGCUAAGGAAUAUCCUAGCAUCAAAUUUUGUAAAAUUUCAGGAUCCGUAGCUGGAUUGAGUAAACAUUUUAAAGAGAAAGGUGUUCCUGCUUUAUUAGUCUACAAACAAGGACAAAUAAUAGGAAAUUUUGUCCAACUGACCGAACAUUUGGAAUCACAUUUUAUUCCUGCUCGUAUAGAAACAUUUUUAAUUGAAAAUGGAAUACUACCUGAUAGAUGCGGUAUACGAAGUAGCAUUAUUUCAGAAAUGACACAUGAGUAAUUUUAAUAAAUACUUUGUAAUGUAAUAAGUUAAAAGUAUAUUUUUAAGGAUCAUUUCUUCUUCUAUAAAUCUCCAUAUUAACAAUAAUCAUAUAUCUGCAGGCUCAUUUUCUCUAUAUUGUUUAUAAAUUAUAUUUAUUUCUAUUAAGUUGUACCGAUUAUAAUCAAAACAAUAAUAGUAAUAAAAUUUUUUAAUGUUAUCUAAAUAUAGCAUUCAAUCCAAACAAAGAAA